CGUCCAACCCCCUUGGCCUGACUCUUUCUGCGCCAGCUGGAAGUGCGCAUCGUAGCGCGCGGUGGGUGGGCUGCCCUGCUCCCUCCCACGCUUAGCUCUCGGCCUCUGCAGGCAGACCCCCAGAGGUGGGAAGAGUUAUCACUUUCUGGAUCUCUCGUCUACUGCAUUGGCCCCUGCGUUAACGCUCCCUUGUGCUACGGCCAGUGAGGCUGCGAUUGUUCCAGCGCCCCGGUGCGAGGAGAGCAGCUCCUGCUCUCUGCGGACCUGGCGGGAGGGUGCGGGCGGACGCUCCAGGCAGAGUCUCCGCGCGUCUUUCCUCCUCCUGGUUCUCCCCCCAACUCCAUCCGCAUCCCCCGCCCCCUCCUUGCUCUGCGCUUUCUCCCUGGCUGCGGGCAGACCGCUCCAUACAGCUGCAGCGCCGGAGUCUGGACAGCCUGCGGGAGGCACACACGCCCACACCCACUCCGCCUGGCCGCAUCCUUGCCCAGCAUGUCUGCGCUCGAGUGGUACGCCCACAAGUCCCUGGGCGACGGCAUCUUCUGGAUUCAGGAACGCUUCUAUGAGUCUGGCAACCGCGCCAACAUCUGGCUGGUGCGCGGCUCCGAGCAGGACGUGGUGAUCGACACAGGCCUGGGGCUGCGCAGCCUUCCGGAGUACCUGUACUCCUCCGGCCUCUUGCAGGACCGCAGGGCCAAAGAGGAUGAGGCUUGCCGGCCACUGCUGGCUGUGGCCACCCACGUGCACUUCGACCACUCCGGUGGCCUCUACCAGUUCGACCGGGUGGCGGUGCACCACGCCGAGGCCGAGGCGCUGGCUCGCGGGGACAACUUUGAGACCGUGACCUGGCUCUCCGACAGUGAGGUGGUGCGGGCGCCGAGCCCGGGCUGGAGGGCCAGGCAGUUCCGAGUGCAAGCGGUGCAGCCCACCCUCAUCCUGCAGGAUGGGGAUGUGAUCAACCUCGGUGACAGACAGCUCACUGUUAUGCACAUGCCUGGUCAUUCUAGGGGCAGUAUUUGCUUACAUGACAAAGACCGAAAGAUUCUCUUCAGUGGAGACGUCGUGUAUGAUGGAUCACUGAUUGACUGGCUCCCAUACAGCAGGAUAAGUGACUAUGUUGGAACCUGUGAACGUCUGAUAGAAUUAGUGGACAGAGGUCUGGUAGAGAAGGUGCUUCCUGGGCACUUCAAUACCUUUGGUGCUGAAAGGCUUUUUCGAUUGGCUUCUAACUAUAUUUCAAAAGCUGGGAUAUGUCACAAAGUUUCUACUUUUGCCAUGCGAUCUCUUGCAAGUUUAGCCCUACGUGUAACAAAUUCUAGGACCUUGCCCUAG